UGAACCAUUCUCAUUGAUGCAGGUUUUCCCUCUGUUUUAUUGACAGAAUGAGUCAGAGUUGUUUGGAAGAACCAUCUGGGUCAACAUCGCCAAACCUAUGAGGAUCAAAGAGGGCUCUUCUCGUCCAGUUUGGUCAGAUGAUGAUUGGCUGAAAAAGUUCUCGGGAACGACCGCCGAAGAGGCUGAGGUGACGGAGUCCACUGGAGAAUCAGCCAAAUCAACAACAGCGGAUGCAAGUUGUGUGUGUGUGUGUUCCUGUCGGUCUCUGUGAGUGUAGUACAUUGUGUAAUAACAUCUUAUAUUGUAAAAGCCUGUCACAAUAAUAUAUUAUCAUUGAUUGCAGAGCGAGCCCCCAGCCAAGAAGGGCAGAACAAACCCCCAGGUUUACAUGGACAUCAAGAUUGGCAAUAAGCCAGCAGGGAGACUGCGCUUCUUGCUCCGAGCAGACAUUGUUCCUAUGACCGCAGAGAACUUCUGCUGCUUGUGCACACAUGAGAAGGGCUUUGGCUUCAAAGGCAGCUGUUUCCACCGCGUCAUCCCACAGUUCAUGUGUCAGGGGGGAGACUUCACCAACCACAAUGGCACUGGGGGUAAGUCCAUCUACGGGCGAAAGUUUGACGAUGAGAACUUUGUCCUCAGACAUACUGCUUCAGGUCAGCUCUCCAUGGCUAACUCUGGAGCAAACAGCAACGGCUCUCAGUUCUUCAUCACCUGUGACAAAACGGAUUGGCUGGAUAACAAACAUGUGGUGUUUGGAGAGUUGAUGGAGGGCAUGGAGGUGGCAAAAGCCAUGGAGGCACAAGGAACAAAAGAAGGCAAGCCCAAGCAGAAAGUGAUCAUUUCAGACUGUGGAGAGUAUGUUUAACUUGAAGCACAGAAGAGUGACUGUUGUGACUAUGUGUGAAAAAUAUGCAGUGUCAGACUGAAGAAUGGUAAACUGCUCAGUUUUUAUUAUGUACUACACACGUCCAUGACUCAUCUGCUGUACAUGGAUUCUCCCUGUUGGUCCCACCUUCUCUGUGAUGUAAAUAUUACAAUAAACACUUUUUUAUAAUAAAUAUAAACAGCUGCUGUA